AAAAGGGCAGAAGUAGAGCGAAAAACUCGUCAUCGUCGCGAUUUCUUUAAUUACUUAAAGGAAAGAAGUGCCGCUAAUAGUUCAUAAAGUUUUCAAAAACUUGAUAAACAUUUACCUGAACGAACCCAAGCUUGUGGCGGCUAAUGCCAGUUGACUCUGUUGCACACCCACAAUCCCUAACACAGUGAAAAAGUAGCCGCAGCUGUGACAAAAACUACAAAAGCAAAACAACUGCCCCAAAUUCGUGAAUCACCAGCGGAAUUAUGGAACAAACACAGAUAACAGAUGCAGAAAAGGUGCGCAUUGUGUCCGAUUUUAUACUCCACGCUCCGCCCGGCGAGUUCAAUGAGGUCUUUAACGAUGUGCGCGAAUUGCUGAGGAACGACCCGCUGUUGAAAGACGGCGCUAGCCACGCCUUCUCACAAUACAACAAGGAUCAGUUAACGCCGGUGCGCAUUGAAGGCAGCGAACACAAUGCAAUUAUUUCCGAACAUAAUGAUAUAGGAAACGGACGCUUUUACGACCCUCGCACAAAACAAACAUUCAAAUACGACCACCUCCGAAAAGAGGCAUCCGAAUAUCAGGAUGUAGAAGCUGAUGCUAAUGCGGAACCAUGGCGUGCAGCAUUAGACAUUGAAACAAUAGCGUAUACAGCUAGCCACUAUAGGCACGGGGUUAGCUCCGUUUUCGGUAAGUCGCAGGGCAACCAAGUGACGCUGACCAUUUGCAUUGAGGAUCACCAGUUCCAGCCGAAAAAUUAUUGGAACGGUCGGUGGCGCUCGCAAUGGACCGUUAGCUUCCAAGCAGGUAGCGGCAAUGCUGAGCUAAAGGGGGUGUUAAAAGUGCAGGUGCACUACUACGAAGAUGGCAACGUGCAAUUGGUAUCAUCAAAGGAGUGCCGCGAAAGUGUCGUGGUUUCCAACGAACAACAAUUGGCCAAAGAGGUCAUCCGCCUAAUCGAGGAAGCUGAGAACGAAUAUCAGCUGGCCAUUUCAGAGAACUACCAGACUAUGUCCGAUACCACAUUUAAGGCAAUGCGUCGACAACUGCCCAUUACCAGGACCAAAAUCGACUGGGGAAAAAUUGUAUCGUACAGUAUUGGUAAGGAGCUGAAGACCCAAUAAGAGCAAGAGCAGCAAGCGGAAGCAACACAGUCGACAAAAAGACCCAACAGUCUUCCACUUGCAAUGGCAAAGCGAUUAUAACAACUGAACGGCAGAACUUGCAGUAAAUAAAUCAAUUCAAGUAUGACCGUCACUGUUAGCGCUUUUUUAUAAUACACAUAACUAACUGUAAUUUGAAGUAUGCAUAUACAUAUAUAUAUACUAUGUGUUAUAUUACGAUAAAAGUGGACAUAUAUACACACACAUAUACAUUAUAAAUUAAUUAAAUGUAGAUGAUUGUCGCUAUGAAGCAACGCAUUGCUGCCAGCCCGCAUGCCACCAAUUGUCGCCUUUAAAGCAUUAAAACUCAGUUUUUAAUACUUUACAUAAUGUAUUAUGAUUAAUUUUAAACAGUUGAAUCUGUUUUCGGCCGACAAUUUUAUAUGUUAUGUGAGUAUAUCGUGCGCUAAUUUUGUUUAAAUGUGGCCGAAGUCAGUUAAUAAUCCCCAAAAACCUGAAGGAGUGUUUUUCAUAAAUGUAACAAAUUUUCGAAACUUGCAUUUCAUUUUGAACCAGCGAAAAAAAUGUCCCAAAAUUCUUCGAGAGUUCCAGUGCAUCACUACAGUUGCACAAUCAAACAAUAUGUAUUAAGUAUUUUUGAAGCUAAACACACACUUUUCUGAUAUUUUAAGACCCACAUUUGUAUAAACGUUAAAUAAUAAAAACACACAUAUUUUGCAA